CCAUAACUGAGUCGUUCAGGACUCGCGGGCUGAAAUAACUCUUCUGUCCUGUUUGGUCGCUCUUCAUUAUGCUUGUCAAGGAGCUUUGGGUUUGGAAAGGGCUCGUUUUAGCCUUUGUCCUCUGCUGUAUUAACGGAGAAACCUCAGAACCAUCUUUCAUAGUGAUGUUUCCUAAUGUGAUAGAGUCAGGAUUUGAGGCCAAACUGUGUGCAAGUCUUCUCAAGCCCAAUGAAAGCCUUUUAAUGAGCAUUUAUCUGGUUGAUGGUGACCAGAGCACUUUACUGCUACAGGAGAAAGCUGAGAAAGAGUUUCACCGCUGCUUUAACUUUCAGACUCCUCAGGUAGAAGCAGAAUCAGUGCAGACAGUGAAGGUGGAACUUCAGGGAAAGAACUUCAAGAUGACUGAAGAGAGAAAAGUCACGUUCAGACGUUACAACCCUUUGACUUUUAUCCAGACUGAUAAACCCAUCUAUAUACCAGGACAGACAGUGUUUUUUAGAGUCGUCACCAUGGAUGCCAGUUUUGUGCCUCUUGAUCAGAUGUACAGUAUGGUAGUGGUGGAGGACAGUCAAGCUAACCGGAUUGGUCAGUGGACAAAUAUUUCCUCAACAAAGUGGAUAUUGCAGCUUUCUCAUGAGUUGAACCCAGAGGCCCAUCAAGGCGUGUACAAACUGAAGGCUUUUAUUGGUGAAAGGAUGAUCACGCAUGAUUUUGAAGUAAAAAAGUAUGUUUUGCCCAAGUUUGAGGUCACUUUAAAAGCACCAAAGACACAGAGCAUUGGUGAUGUGGAAAUGAAAAUUGAGGUUUGUGGGAAGUACACAUACGGCCAACCUGUUCCUGGUAAUGCAUGGGUGGAAGUAUGCUGUCAUGGUUUUGAACAUUAUUAUUUUCCUGAUGCUAUUUGUCCUUGUUUGAAUAAAACUGCUCAGAUGAAUGAGACUGGCUGUGCCUCUUAUAUCUUCAAUACAUCAGCUUUUCUGAACCCCGAAUUUAAGAAUUUUCUGCAAUAUUCUCUUGAAGUUAAAGCAAAUGUCACCGAAGAGGGAACAGACACAGUCUUGACGAAAUCUGAAAUCAUAUCUCUAACAUAUGAAAUUGGGAAGGUCACAUUUGCUAAUCUUCCUGAUUUGUUUGAACAUGGAACAGUUAUAGAAGGAACAAUCAAAGUUGCCCAUUUUAACGGGACACCGAUUCAUAGCAAAGCAGUUUAUCUCUUGGAAGGUCAAAGUUGGUCUCCUAGACUGCUCCAGAAUCUUACUACAGACAGUAAUGGACUGGCCACCUUCUCCCUUGAUACAGCUAGUCUUCCUAACAGUGAUAUUCAUCUGAUGGCAAGUGUAACCUCAGUGGUCCACUAUGGCUACAAUACUCCAUAUUUUACUACAGAUGAAAAAAUAGUUCGACUUCUCCGGCCCGACAACCCAACACUAAGUGAACUGAAUAUAGAGAAUAUUGAGCAACCAUUAAAGUGUGAUGCUGAGUUUACAGUGACCAUCAAGUAUUAUUUUAUUGGAGAGACUGUUGAAGACUUCAAAACUGACAUUGUCUAUAUGGUCUUGUCCAAAAGAGUAAUCGUUCAUCAUGGAUAUGAGAAGGUUGAAGUGAAGUCUUUUAAUGGAGCAGCAAAUGGCACAGUGUCAUUCAAACUGUCUGUUGGUGUAAAUCUGGCUCCUGCAGUGCAGAUUCUGGCAUACUGUGUUCUGCCCAAUGAAAAUGUUGUUGCUCAUAGCACAGAAUUUAAAACUGAAAAGUGUUUUGAAAACAAGGUUUCUCUGCAGUUUUCUCCUGCUAAAGCAGUUCCUGGAAAAAACACUCUCCAGAUCUCAGCUCAGCCUGGUUCACUGUGUGGCCUCAGUGCUGUAGAUCAGAGCGUCCUGAUCCUGGAGUCAGGAAAACAUCUGGAUACUGACAAGAUCUUCAACCUGCUGCCAGUGCAGUCUGUGUUAGAUUAUCCUUAUGAUGAGCAGGAGUAUCUGCAUGUGGGAUGCUAUCAAGGUGUAUGGAAAGACAACAUCUAUAAAUCCUUAAAGUGCGUGGGGCUGAAAAUGGCAACAAAUUUGGCUAUUCGAGAACCUCAGUAUCUGUCAGACAGACACAUUAAUUAUGUUAAUUCUCUUGAUGGGAUCUAUUACGAUGUACCAGCGUUUGGGAUGAGGUCUGCACGACUAGAAGUUGAUGGACCUGACUUGGUUGAAGUUAAUUCUCCUUCUGAUGUAACCAUUCGGACUGUUUUUCCAGAAACAUGGAUCUGGCAGCUUGCUGAAGUGGGGGACUCUGGAUCAGCUCAGGUUCCUGUCACGGUUCCUGACACCAUCACCUCUUGGGAGACGGAGGCCUUCUGUCUGUCCUCCAAAGGUCUGGGUCUGGCUCCUCCUGCUCAGCUGACAGUUUUCCAGCCCUUCUUCCUGGAGCUCUCUCUGCCGUACUCCAUCAUCCGUGGGGAGAUCUUUGAGCUGAAGGCCACUGUCUUCAACUAUCUGUCCAAAUGCAUCAUGGUUAAAGUGACUCCAGCUCCUUCCUCAGACUACACUCUUAAAGCCUCCUCUGAUGAUCAGUAUUCAUCCUGUCUGUGUGCUAAUGGAAGAAAAACCUUUAAAUGGAUCCUCACUCCUUCUGUUCUUGGAGUCUUGAAUAUUACAGUCAGUGCAGAGGCAGAGGCGUCCCAGACCCUGUGUGACAAUGAGAUUGUGAGUGUGCCAGAGAGAGGACGCAUUGACACAGUCACACAAAGUCUGCUUGUACAGGCUGAAGGAACUGAAAAGACAAAGACCUACAGCUGGUUACUGUGUCCAAAGGGUGACAGUCUCUCAGAGGAAGUGGAUCUGACUCUUCCUAAAGAUGUGAUAGAGGGAUCAGCCAGAUCCUCUGUUUCAGUCAUUGGAGACAUAUUGGGUCGUGCACUGAGGAAUCUUCACGGAUUAUUACAGAUGCCGUACGGCUGUGGAGAACAAAACAUGGCUAUUCUUUCUCCCAAUAUUUACAUUCUGCAGUAUCUGGAAAACACAGAGCAGCUCACCUCAGCCAUCCGAGAGAGAGCGACUGAUUUCCUUAAAAAUGGAUACCAGAGACAACUGAACUACAGACAUAACAGUGGUGCAUACAGCACAUUUGGACACGGUGAUGAGAAUACAUGGUUGACUGCCUUUGUCCUGAGGUCUUUUGGCAAAGCACAGAAAUACAUAUUUAUUGAUCCACAAAUUAUUCAGAGUGCAGAGGAAUGGUUAAUAAUCAGACGGGAUUCAGACGGUUGUUUUAUUCAACAAGGAACACUGUUCAACAACAAAAUGAAGGGUGGAGUGAAUGAUAAUGUGACCAUGACUGCCUACAUUACUGCAUCACUGCUUGAACUGGAAACUCCAGUUACAGAUCCUGUCGUCACUAAAAGUUUGUCAUGCUUGAGGUCCGUCAUUGAGGAUGUCAAAAACAUUUACACCAUUGCUCUGCUCGCCUACGCUUUCAGUCUGGCUAGAGACACGGACACUCGACAGCAGCUUUUCAAGAAACUGGAGGAUGUUGCUAUUUCAGAUGGGUCUCAUCUCCACUGGUCUCAGUCUGGAUCUGCUGAUGACUCUGAUUCUCUGGCAGUGGAGAUCAGCUCAUAUGUGCUGCUAGCUGUUCUCACUACAGAUUCAGUCACUCCAGCUGAUCUGGGCUUUGCUAACAGGAUUGUCAGCUGGCUUGUGAAGCAGCAGAAUGCCUAUGGAGGAUUCUCCUCCACACAGGACACAGUGGUGGCUCUUCAGGCUCUGUCUUUGUACGCCACCAAAGUGUUCAGCUCUGAAGGCUCCAGCACAGUGACUGUACAGUCAGCAGGAGACACUCAUUACUUUGAUGUCAAUCAGGACAACAAGUUACUGUACCAGGAGAAGCAGCUGCAGAACGUUCCAGCCAAAUACAGCAUUGAAGUGAAGGGCUCAACCUGUGUGUCUGUGCAGAUCACAAUGUUGUACAACAUCCCACCACCACCUCAGACCAUUAAAACAUUGAGUGUAGAAGCUAGGGUUACAGGAGAUUGUCUCAGAUCUGCAGGUCAAAAUCUCAUGAUGAACUUCACUGUCACAUACAAUGGGACUCAAGCAAGUACUAACAUGGUUAUUGCAGAUAUUAAACUCCUGUCAGGAUUCACAGCGGACACAUCAAUGCUUGGAAGUUCACCACAUACAUACGCGCCACUUGUGGAGCGGGUUGACUCUGAAGGCGAUCAUGUCAUUGUGUAUUUGAAAGAGGUGCCAAAAAAUAUUCCAAUGAGCUACAGGCUACAGCUAAAGCAAGGUUUUCAUGUGAGAGGUCUACGACCAGCUGUGAUCAGAGUCUAUGACUAUUAUCAGACAAGUGACCAGACUGAGACGGCGUACUCCUCCCCCUGCACUUGAGUGUCUGUUUUCAGAGCUGUUUGUAAAACACCAUUCAUGGCCUUGCUACUAAAUUCUUUAAAUGUUUUUCUGCAUAUUUUUUUGUAGUGUUAAAUUAAUAAAUGUGCUGUCAAACAAUCAA